CUGUGAUCGGAUACCUAAAUAGAUCGACCGCCUUCCCGUCCAGAUUUCGCCGGGCGCCUCUGCUGCCGCCGCUUCGACGACAACAGUUCUCACCGGGAGAAUCUUCCCGGAUCUCUUUCUUGUACCUCAAUCUUUUGCAAUAAGUAUUCAAGGAUUGGCGCAAUGCCGGCGCAGAAGAUAGAGACUGGUCACCAGGAUGUUGUCCAUGAUGUGCAGAUGGACUACUACGGCAAGCGGUUGGCAACAGCAUCUUCCGAUGCUACCAUCAAAAUUAUCGGUGUGAGUGGCUCUUCUCAUCAGCACCUUGCAACCCUGAGUGGUCACCAAGGACCAGUAUGGCAGGUGGCAUGGGCCCAUCCAAAAUUUGGUUCGUUGAUUGCAUCUUGUGGCUAUGACGGCCAAGUGAUCAUCUGGAAGGAAGGCAGCAAACCUGAUGAGUGGAUUCAGGCGCAUGUAUUCACAGAGCACAAGAGCUCUGUCAACUCCAUUGCGUGGGCUCCUCACGAGCUUGGCCUCUGCUUGGCUUCUGGUUCCUCAGAUGGGAACAUCUCAGUCUUCACUGCACGAACUGAUGGUGGCUGGGACACCACAAGGAUUGAUCAGGCACACCCAGUGGGUGUCACUUCUGUGACAUGGGCUCCAGCUUUGGCCCCAGGUGCUCUCGUUGGUUCCGGGCAGCUUGAUCCUGUACAGAAACUUGCGUCUGGUGGCUGCGACAACACUGUCAAAGUGUGGAAACUCUACAAUGGUAAUUGGAAGAUGGACUGUUUUCCCGCUCUCCAUAUGCAUUCUGACUGGGUGAGAGAUGUGGCUUGGGCACCAAACUUAGGACUUCCGAAAUCCACUAUUGCAAGCGCAUCCCAGGAUGGCACGGUUGUCAUAUGGACAGUGGGCAAGGAAGGCGAUCAAUGGGAAGGAAAAGUUUUGAAUGACUUUCAGACUCCUGUAUGGAGAGUAUCAUGGUCGCUCACAGGAAACAUAUUAGCUGUAGCCGAUGGCAACAAUAUUGUCACAUUGUGGAAGGAAGCCGUCGAUGGGCAAUGGCAGCAGGUGACUACCGUUGAACCAUAAUGCUUCCAUCCCUCCUUACUCCUGCCUGGACUUCCUUAUCAUGCGGCUCUACAGUUUGCGAUAAAAAUAGUUGCUAGUUGUUCGUAUUCAUGUUGUCUGUUGAAAGCUACUGACCUUAAGCAGUUUCUUCAAUAUGAAAGUCUUCUUCUGUAUUGUAGCUAUGACUGUGAUUUCAUAUCCUUUGCCUACAGUUUGCUUAUUCGGAAUAUUUUUUUUUAACCAAUUAUAUUAUCAGACAACUUAUUGUUAUUCUGUCUUUUAUCUAUCUAUCUUUGUUUCA